AAAGCCAAUCACAGGACAAGAAGAGCAUCAUCCAGGACAGCCUGCUGAUUUCUCUCUGUUUACUCAACAAGUGUUAGUAUGUCCAAAGCAGGAGAGAGGACGUCGUCUACAACUUCUGCUGACUCAGCCUCAUCAGAAAGCAAAAAUGUCGCCAGUAAAUCUGGCUCGGCCUCAACCUCCCCGUCAGGCUCCGUGUCUGAAACGACGAAGAAAUCCUCCAAGAAGUCCAAGAAAAACACGGAGAGCAUGAACAAAGUCUACACCUCUGUGCUGGAAAGUGUUUUUGGAGCCGAAAGAGAAUUGGCUCAAGCUGAAAUAGACGAGCUGCAGGAAGCCUUUAAAGAGUUCGACUACGACCAGGACGGCUACCUGAACUACAAAGACGUGGCUGAAUGCAUGAGAACGAUGGGAUACAUGCCCACCGAGAUGGAGCUGCUGGAGAUCGUUCAGCAGAUCAAGAUGAGAAUGGGCGGAUUGAUGGACUUUGAUGAUUUCAUCGAGCUGAUGGGACCCCGGAUGAUGGGAGAGACCACUAACAUGCUGGGACUCAAAGAGCUCCAGUCAGCAUUUUUACAGUUUGAUUUGGACGGAGACGGAAAGAUCAACCAGGAAGAGAUGAAGGAGGCUCUGAAGACGUUGCUGGGGGAGAAGCUGAAGAAGGGGGAGUUGGAGGAGAUCUUAAAGGAGCUGGACAUUAACGCAGACGGCAACAUCGACUUUGAAGAGUUUGUGAUGAUGCUCUCUAUUCACUGACCACUGGAAAUAACUGAACGGACGAAUUCAAUACAAUUUGGAUCAAAUGAACACAUUUAAACAUGUUUAUGAUAGUGAUAAACUACCGAGCAUUGUUUUAUAAUGAACUGUAAGAAAAAGCCUUCAAAUGUUGAGUUUUUUGUGUUAUUUUAGUAAAAUAAUGAGCUUUUUUGUUCUGGUGUUUUGUGUAAAUAAAACAGAAAUGCUUUGCUAUUUUAAUAAAGAAAUUAAAAACCUG